AUGUGGCGUGCGCUGGCGGCGCUGGCGCUGCUGGGGCUAGCGCGUGGCGCCGCGGGCGGCUGCGGCGUGGCGCAGUUCGCCUGCCGCAGCGGCGCCUGCGAGCGUCUGGAUGCCUACUGCGAUGGAGUGGCGCAGUGCGCGGACGGCAGCGACGAGCCACCAAACUGCACGCCCUGCAACAGGACAUACUACGGGCGCGUGGGAGUCGCGUACUCGGUCGGCGUACGCGACGCCACGCGCGUACCUUUCCUAUGUCACAUGACGUUCACCGCCGGAGGCACGGCGCACGGGGAUCUCGUGCAGCUCGCCUUCGAUGAGUUUCGUGUCGGUCGUUACGAGCCGGGCGCGCUGGACGGCUGUCCGGACGGGUACAUGCAACUGUCGGAGCUGGGCCGCCCCUUCACCGGAGGCUCAUGGUGUGGCAAGGCGGACGGUGCAGCGCUUUACUACAGCGAGACGGCGACGGUCACGGUGUCUGUGAAGCUGUUCCGAGUGCGUCUCGGUGAGCCGUUUGGCUUUCGCUUGCGUUAUAAAUUCCUCGCUCAGCGAGACGCGGUCGUGAGGUUCGGUGCUAUCGAGGCGCCCCUGGAGCGCGGGUCCAUCUCGCCUGGCACGUACUGCACCCGCACUUACGAAGAGUGUCAUCGCAAGCCGUGUCGACUGCAGAGCCCGAACUACCCUGGCAUGUAUCCUAGGAACGUGACUUGCUAUUGGAGCCUGCGUCAGAAGGACAUCCCCACGUGUAAGCACGCAAUGAUUUCGGUGCGUCAGGAGUACUCGCACAAGAUGCAGAUAAAACGUUCUAUAUCUAUGGCAAGCUUGAACAAGACGGGGCGCGUGGUGCGCGCGUGGCGCGAGUGCACGGGCGAGCGCGACCGGCUCAUCUUCUACGACGGAGCGUCGACCGACGACCCGGUGCUGGUGGAGUACUGCGGCGGCGACUGGAUGCCGCGCGUGACGUCGCGGGGCCCGGAGAUGCUCGUCGCCUUCCACUCGUCGCCCUUCAGCGCACCGCUGCGCCCCCCCGCCCCGCCGGCCCCUCUGCGCGGUUUUGAACUAGACGUGGACGUCGUCUUCGCAGAUUCAGACUCUCUCGACUACGCCAGGGAGGCACGACGGUGCGAGUUCCACGUCAAGGCGUCCUCAUCGGAGGAAGAGGCGAAUGUGACUUCGACGGGAAGCGGGCGAGGGAGGCGUGGUCGCCUCCGAGCACCCGCGCACACCCUGCCGCCGAACACCACCUGCACCUGGACCUUCCACGGACGACCAGGUGACCUCGUCUGGAUAUACUUUUCGAGUUUCACUCAGUACUCCCUCGUCGAACCGCGGCGAGCCGAGAGCGCCGAACGAGAAGACGAGAACGGUGUCACGCAGCGCUCGGCUCUCGCAACGAGCGAGACGAACACGCAUCUCGCUAGCGGCGCUUGCGCAGUGGAGCUACGCAUCUGGGACGGGGGUGGGGCGGAGGAAACGGGCGCGCGUCAACUCGGCCGCUUCUGCGACGCGGCGCCGGCGCUGUGCGCACGAGCCGCACUCGCCAACGCCACGCGGUCGCCUCGGCCCUGCGCGCCGCCCGACGGCUACGUAUCGGCCGCACCGCUGCUGUCGCUGGCCGCCACGUCACUGCCCGGCACCGCCACGCAUCCUCUCGAGUUCGCGCUUCAUUAUGAGUUCGUGGACGCGCGGUUGGAGGGAACCGCGCUACCUGAGGACUCGAGACGCACGCCGACCGUGCCCGCUGAGUGCGCGCGCCUCCUGACGUCUCCCGGUGCGUUCGCAUCGCCCCGCAACGCUUUGUGGUUCGGUCGCGGGGGAGCACGACGGCUGCGUUGCGUGUACCGAUUCGAGGUGGAAGGGGCGCGAGUCGUCCUCGAUCUGCAGUCUGCUACGUUCGGCAAGGAGCCGCGGUGCUCUACCCGUACGGACUCGCUCACGGGGCGGUCGGUGUGCAUCCCCGAGCCGGUGGAGUCGCACGCCGAGGAGCCCGAGUUCGGCGACGAGUCGUCGGCUGACUUCGACGGGGACGAGGACUUGCCGUUGCGGGUGCCGCAUCUACGUAUUUAUGAAUCUCCCUGGCUCGGAUACAGGGUGCAGGUGGCGUGCAUCUGUGAUAACAGCACGGCUCCUCUUCGUUUGGAGUCCGGUGGUCCCGCGCUGGAACUGGAACUGGUAUCGCGCACAAUGCUCGCCGGCGAGGACCAUCGACACGUACAGUUCCAUGGGGUGUGGUCGCGCGGUCCCGCACCCUCGCCCUCCUGCGCGACCAGGCGUAGGUCGCCACCGCCGGGAGCUAGGAUACACCUCACAUACCCUUACAGCGACGACAGGAUGUCGGAGUGUGGAGAAACACCGUUUCUGCUGGAGGCGCGUGGCAACCGGUCGGUGUUCCUGCGCGUGUGGGGCGAGGAGAUGCCGCUACCGAGCGCGGGCGCCGUCGGCGAAGCUCCGCCCUGCGCCACCGCCAACCGCGUGCUCGUGUACGACGCGCACUCCUCGAGUCUCUUGCGCGUCGUGUGCCCCGACGUCGGCGCGCGCUCCGUUCACAUCUUCACCGACGAGUGGUGGGGCCGCGGCGCCAGGCCGGGCGCUCUGCUCGUCUCGUGGGUGGCGCGCGAGCCGGGCGAGGCCCGCCUGGCCUGGAUGGAGCUGUGGCGCGCGGGGCCCGCGCCUCGGCCCCUGGCACCGGGGGAGGCGUGGCCCAACGCGACGGCGGCGUGCGCGCACCCGUGCGCGUCGCUGGGCGCGUGCAUGGCUGCGGCGCUGUGGUGCGACGGCGCGGUGGACUGCCCGGGCGGCGCGGACGAGGCGGGUGCGUGCGGCGCGGGCGCUCGCUUGCUCGCGGCGCUGGUGGCGCCGGGCGGGGCGAGCGCGGUGGCGGCGGCGGGGCUGGCGGCGCUGGCGCUGCUCGUGGUGCUGGCGCUGCGGCGGCGGCGGCGCGCCGCUCCCGACAAGCAGCUGCUGGGUGCGCUGGCGGCCGGGCGGCGCCUCACGGAGGAGUUGCUGUACGACGCGUCGCGCGCCUCCUCGGCGGCGUCGUCCUGA